AUGGGUCUUGUUCGAGUAUUAUGGUCUACUGAGAAACAUAUAACUGCAAAUAUUGAAGUCCCACUCUGGCUUGGCGAUGGCUUCGUUCGUAUACCGAAACGUCCGGUGGUCUCGACGGCGCAGGUGAUUCCAAGUUCAGCUGAGCAAAUUGUUGAGGUACAUGGAUUGAAACAGUGAGUGUUUACAGUAAUGACAGGACUACGUUUGCAGGUGCAGUUUGGAGGCGGGCCUCGUCCACAUUACCCCUAUCCAAGGGUGGCUGCUCCUUAUCGUCAACGCGAAAUAAGGACCACUACUUAUCCACCAGUUAUGUACACGCUAGGACCUGGACGACAUGCGCCUCCGAGAAAGCCCUUCAAAGUUUACGACUGUACUAAUCUAACUAUGUCAGCUAUAAUUUAUGGUGAUGAGUGGGCCGUAAUGUACAUUUCAGAUAGAAAUGGAGAGGGUGCUGCCAGCGAAGUUUUCCGCGUUUGA